CUUCUUUUUCUUCUUAUCCCCAGAAAAGAAUCCAUGGCUUUCAACAAUGCCUAGCUCAGUUCAGUACUCAAACAAGAAUUUAAAUGAUUAAAAUGAAUAUCUACUCAUCUAAUAAAGUUGUCAUAGCUGAUCUCAAUAUUGAUCCUCCUGAAAGUGAUGCUGAAGAUUGUCUUGUUAUAUCUCCUCAUUCCCCUCUUGGUUCCGCAAGGAUUGUUAAUGAUGAGAGCAGUACUCGAGGGAAAAUCAACUUAAGUAAUAAAGAGAUUGACCUUACAGAAGAAGGUAAAAAGUUAAGUAAGCUGGGGAGAAGUCGUUCAAGAAAUAAGGGCGAAUUGCCACUUGAUUGUGGAACUGAGGUAGAUGCUGAUCAACAAUCUCAAGGGAUUCCCUCAUCCCGUGAAGACAAAGUUAGCAGCCUUAAGACUGGAUUGGUACAUGUUGCAAGAAGGAUGCCCAGGAAUGCCCAUGCUCAAUUUGUAUUAGGCUUAAUGUAUCAGAGGUUGGGUCAACCACAGAAGGCAGUCUCGGCGUAUGAGAAUGCAGAGGAUAUCCUACUCCACGUUGAGGGAGAGAUCAACAGGCCUGAGCUUCUCUCUUUAGUUCAGAUUCACCAUGCACAGUGCCUUCUGCUAGGAAGUUCAGGUGAUGCUAAUUCAGAGAAAGAACUUGAAGUCGAAGAGCUUGAGGAAAUCCUUUGCAAGUUGAAGGAGUCAGUGCAGGGAGACGCUAGACAAGCAUCUAUCUGGAAUACUCUUGGGUUAAUACUCCUUAAAACUGGUCGCUUACAGAGUGCUAUUUCUGUUUUAUCAUCACUGUUGGAUAUUGCCCCAGAUUACCUGGACGCACUUGCAAACAUUGGAUAUGCAUUCCUUCAAAGUGGUAAUUUGGAGCUCGCUGCAAUCUUUUCUCAAGAUUUAGUUCUAAAAGAUCAAAACCACCCGGCAGCUUUAACCAAUUACGCGGCUAGUCUUAUGUGUAAAGAUGGUUCAAUCGUCGCAGGUGCUGGGGCUAAAGCGGGUGAAGGACCUCCUAGACAUCAAGUUGAAGCUGCAAAUGUCGCAAAGCAGUGUUUGUUAGCAGCUGUUAAAGCUUAUUCAAAAACUGCAGAUGUAUGGUUGAAUCUUGCUAGUGCAUACGAUGUCGCUGGUGACUACAGAAGUGCUGGCAAGUGCUUGGAGAAGGCAGCGAAACUUGAUCCUGGUAUCAUGUCUACUCGAUAUGCAUUGGCCCUUCACCGUAUAAAAGAUGCAGAGAGAUCUCAAGAUCUUACAGAACAGCUAUCAUGGGCUGGGAAUGAAAUGGCUUCAAUUCUUAGAGAAGGUGAUUCCGCAAUAAUUGAGCCUCAUAUAGCAUGGACAGGGCUAGCUAUGGUUCACAGGGCACAACACGAGAUUGCUGCAUCUUUUGAAUUUGGGCACAAAAAUUUGAAAGAGGUGGAACAGCUGGCACUUUACACUAUGAAGCAGGCAAUAGAAGAGAACCCAGAUGAUGGUAUGCAGUGGCACCAGCUUGGCCUUCAUAGCCUCUGCACUUUGCAGUUCAAGGCAUCACAGAAAUUCCUCAAGGCAGCAAUUGCACGCCGAAAAGAAUGCAGCUACGCUUGGUCAAACCUUGGUGUAUCCCUGCAAUUAACUGAGGAUCCAUCACAGGCUGAAGAAGUAUAUAAAAGGGCACUGUCAUUUGCUACACCACAGCAGGCACAUGCAACAUUUUCCAACCUUGGCAAUCUCUAUCGACAGCAAAAGCUGCAUGAACGUGCAAAAGCAAUGUUCGCGAAGUCACUAGAACUGCAACCUGGGUAUGCCCCAGCUUACAACAAUCUAGGUCUUGUGUUUAUUGCUGAAUGUAGCUGGGAUGAUGCAAAAAUCUGUUUUCAGAAGGCAUUGGAGGCAGAUUCUUUACUUGAUGCCGCCAAGUCUAACUUGAUGAAAGCAGUGUCUAUGUCUCGAGUUUAUGCAGCCUUUUCUACAUCUUUGCUUCAAGAUAUGUCCCAUCUGAUGUUUAGCAUGUUUGUUGUUCUAAUACCGUCUGUAAAGUGGUAAGUGUACACCAGUGAUCAAGUCAAAAACAAAAAGUAGGAUAUAAUCGAUUAGGGAUUUGUGUGCAUUAUGUAUUCUCUAGAUUUAAUCUAAUUCAAAAGGUAAAUGCUGAUCUUC